AUGGGUGAUAUGGGUGAUAUGGGUGAUAUGGGUGAUGUGGGUGAUAUGGGUGAUAUGGGUGAUAUGGGUGAUAUGGGUGAUAUGGGUGAUGUGGGUGAUAUGGGUGAUAUGGGUGAUAUGGGUGAUAUGGGUGAUGUGGGUGAUAUGGGUGAUAUGGCGUGUGAGAAUCGUGGGUGGGUGGGAACGUCAAGCGUCAUUGACACCAGCGUCAAAGCUCUGCGUGUUGACACGUGA